AUGGGAAGCUUACUACAAUUCCCUGCUAGGAGGCAAAAUAAAUCCUUCACUGCUGGAGUUGAAGGAGCAAUUCCUCAUAACCUUGGGAAUCUCUCAAAGUUGCAGUAUCUUGAUCUUGGAGAUAAUAAUCUCAACUCUAAAACUCUUCAAUGGGUUUCUGGACUUUCUUCCUUGCAGUACGUUGAUUUGAGUUAUGCGGAUCUUUCUAAAGCAACUGAUUGGGCACAGGUAACAUUCAAACUUCCCUCUUUGUUAGAGUUGCACUUGCCAGAUUGUCGUUUAGAAGAUGAUCCAUUUUUCAACAGUAUUAAUUCUUCAAAAUCACUGGCUGUUCUUGAUCUCCCUAGGAACAGCUUCUCUUCAGUACCUAAGUGGAUAUUUAGUCUUCGUGGUCUUGUGUCCAUUGAUAUUACUGGCUAUUCUUUGGAAGGCCCAAUUCCAGAUUACUUUGGGAACAUCUCGUUUCUUGAAGUUCUUGAUCUUAGUUGGAACAAUCUCAAUUCAUCCAUACCCAAUUCCUUGUAUAGUUUAAACCGUCUUCAGUUCCUUAGUCUUAGCGAGACCCAGUUACAAGGAACAAUCUCGAGUGCCAUUGGAAACUUGAGCUCUGUUACUCAGCUUGAUCUUUCAUCCAAUCAAUUAAACGGCCAAAUUCCCUUGUCUAUAGGGCAGUUGUCAUCUUUGGAGGAGUUUGAUGUUUCAUACAAUCAGUUAAACGGCCAAAUUCCCUUGUCUAUAGGGCAGUUGUCAUCUCUGAAGAAGUUUGAUGUUUCAUACAAUCAAUUAAACGGCCAAAUUCCCUUGUCUAUAGGGCAGUUGUCAUCUUUGGAGGAGUUUGAUGUUUCAGAAAAUCAAUUAAAUGGUCAAAUUCCAUUGUCUAUAGGGGAGUUAUCAUCUUUGGAGGUAUUUGAUGUUUCAAAAAAUCAAUUAAAUGGUACUUUUCCUCUAUCUUUUGGACGACUAGAAAGUUUGGAAACUCUGGAUUGUGGGUAUAAUCUAUUAGAAGGAGUUGUAUCAGAAACCCAUUUUUCUAAUCUCACGAGAUUGACAACUCUAGCAGCAUCACACAAUCGGCUUAGAUUUGAACCAAACUCAAGCUGGAUUCCCCCAUUUCAAUGUGGAAGGAUCGAAAUGGAUCACUGGCAUCUUGGCCCAAAGUUUCCCCAGUGGCUAAAAUUCCAAAAGAAAUUGUCUUAUUUGGAUAUCUCCUAUGCAGGAAUUUUAGAUGUCAUGCCCACUUGGUUUUUGAACCUUCCCACUCCAUUUGAAUAUUUAAACCUUUCCUCGAAUCAACUUAGAGGAGAGAUUUCAUAUUUGAAUGUGAGAAACUCUGUUGAUUUGAGUUCAAACCGAUUCAUGGGCCCAUUGCCAAGAGUAUUCCCAACUUUACGAUUUCUAAUUUUAUCAAAUAAUUCAUUCUCGGGAUCUCUUUUUGAAUUAGUUUGUAAUUCAUCAAGUGAGAAAGGGAUGGAAGUUCUUUACAUUGAUAAAAAUCUUAUCUCAGGAGAUAUUCCAGAUUGUUGGAAUCAUUGGCAGAAUUUGUUCCUUUUAAAUUUGGGAAACAACAAUUUGACCAGUAAAAUCCCAACUUCCUUAUGGUAUCUAAGUCUUACAAUGCUAAACCUUCGAAACAAUACAUUGUUUGGAGAAUUGCCAUACACAUUGCAAAAUUCUCCACAUUUGAGAAUGUUUGAUCUUAGUGAAAAUCAUUUCAGUGGAAGUGUACCAGCAUAG